GCUGAAAUGUGCGCACGCCUCGGCAGUUUUUGGCAAUUGCCAGGCGUCUCAGGCUCGCAGGGCUCGUCUACUGAGAGCUAACAACCAGCCGUCGCCUCCGGAUACGAGCGCGGGCUUCGCACGAGCGGCUGCGAGCUUCACAAGCAGCCACCAGGGGUGGUGGCCAGCUGGGAGCCGCGCGAGCGCGCGCGCGACGGGAGGCACCGCGUCGGCGACGCCCACCAGGCGCGGCGCGGGCCGCGCGUCUAUGUCCAACGACCCGCUCGCGUCGGUGCCGCUCAUGGCGUCGGCCGGCGGCGACCCCUUCCACGUCGUGAAGGACGAGUUGGUGGUGAAAUUGCGGUCCAUCGAGGGCCGCGUCGCGACGUUCACUACCCUAUUAUAUGGCAGCGGCACGACGCACGGGAACCCCAGGUUUCGGGAAGCCAAAAAGGCCGUCGCGCGCGAGGUGCGCGCCGCCGAGGCGCAGCUGAGAGAUUUAGCUUUAACAGUGGAAUACGUCGAACGCGACCGUGGCGCGUUCCCUCACAUCAACGACGCGGAGCUGAACCAGCGCAAAGCCUUCGUCGACAAGGCCAAGCGCGACGUCGCGUCCGCUCGAGACGCCGUCGCGGGCCCGCGCGCGCGCGCGAAGAUCGAGGCCGACGAGCAAGCUGCUUUAGCGUCGCAGCGGGGCGCGUACGAUGCCAGUGGCGACCUCGAGAUGCAGAACACGGCCUUCAUCCACUCGUCCCACGCGCGCGUGGCGGCGACCAUCCAGGAGCAGGACGAGGGCUUGGAGCAGCUCGACGGCGCCGUCGACCGCAUCCACGGCAUGGCCGAGGAGAUCCACGGAGAACUGAGCGCGCAAGCUAGGAUGCUCGACGACAUGGAGGACGAGCUCGACGAGACGACCGAGAAGAUGAACUUCGUCAUGGGCAAGCUCUCCAAGCUAUUGAAAACGAAGGACACGUGCCAGCUCUGGACCAUCGUCGCGCUGACCGUCGUGCUGAUAGUCAUGGUGUUCCUCGUAAUUUACUCAUGA